GUAAGAAGAGAAGGGAGUUCUGGAAAACAGGCAGAAUGGUAGAUUGGAUUGGACAGCCUUGCAUUACACCGUAUACCACAUGAAAAAGCACAUGUUUCUAAUCAAAAGGUAAACAUGAAUUUACCCGAAUCAUAAAGCGCAUAUUUUUUUUCUAUUUUUUGUUACGUAAAAUAAAGACGGGUUUCUGAACAAACAGUACAUCUGUCGCCAUGGUAAUCCUAAUCCACAGCCGGCAGCCCCUCCUCCCUGCAUCCCCCUGUCUCUCCUCCCAUGCAAAGCUCCAAUCCACCAGACACCAUUGGAAGGAUGGUCGCUCCCAUCAUGCUUUGCAGUAGGAAGCAGGAAGACAACGGAAGCAUUCCAUGAGCCAGCAGCAGAAAAGUGUCAGCAGAAAGGACCACAGAGUGAUGGUGAAUGAGGAGGCACUGCCGAGGGAGGCAUGGCCAUUGUUCUCUGCAGGAUGCACUGGAGCGGCUGCAGCUCUGCGGCAGCUCAGCUGACAUCCACAUCAUCUACUAGUCCAUCUCCACCCUCCGCCUCCUCUUCCUUCUCACGACAAUGGAGGAGGUCUCCAAAGUCACAGAAACGCCACUGGUACCGCCGCCUCUCUUGGCGCGGCGGGCUCGCCAGCAGCAGCCCGUCAUGUCAGUCGUCAAGUCCAAGCUUAGAAAGAAUCUGACAUGCUCUGGGUCAAAAGUCCAAAAAACCCUGACAAGCUUCUUCCCCGUGGUCCGCUGGCUGCCCAAGUACAAGCUGAAGGAGUACGUCUGGGGGGAUGUCAUGUCCGGAAUGAUCGUCGGUAUUAUUUUGGUGCCGCAGGCCAUAGCCUAUUGCCUGCUGGCGGGAGUGGAACCCAUCUACGGCCUGUACACCUCAUUCUAUGCUAACAUCAUUUACUUUCUCAUGGGGACCUCCAAGCACGUUUCGGUGGGGAUCUUUAGCCUCAUGAGCCUCAUGGUUGGACAGGUAGUGGACAGGGAGCUGUUUCUGAGUGGUUUUGACCUCAAUGAUGACCCCACAUCUAAAGUUGACGGUUUCAACUUCACUGAUGAUGACCCACAAACUGUGGACCUCAUGGGGAUGCCAUGCAACAAAGAGUGCUACGCCAUCAGCGUUGCUGCAGUGGUCACAUUCCUGGCUGGUGUCUAUCAGAUCAUGAUGGCGGUGUUCCAGCUUGGAUUCGUCUCUGUGUACCUUUCAACUCCAAUGCUUGAUGGCUUUGCCACGGGGGCCUCUUUCACCAUUCUGACCGUGCAGGCCAAAUACCUGUUGGGGCUGAAGAUUCCUCGUCACCAUGGUUACGGCACGGUGCCCGUUACCUGGUUCAACAUCUUUGCCAACAUUCAAAAGACUAAUGUGUGCGAUCUCAUCACCAGUGCCAUCUGUAUCUCAGUAUUAGUGGCAGGGAAAGAGAUCCAGGACCGCUACAAGGAUCGCCUGAAGAUCCCGCUUCCAACAGAACUGGUCGUAGUGGCAGGAGCCACGCUGGCGAGCCACUUUGGAGAUCUAAACGCCCGCUACAGCUCCAGUGUUUCUGGUCACAUACCCACAGGAUUUAUCCCUCCAAAAGUGCCUGCAUUCAGUCUGAUGCCACGUGUUGCUCUGGAUGCCAUUCCUUUGGCAGUCAUCAGUUUUGCGUUCACAGUGUCGUUGUCUGAAAUGUUUGCCAAGAAACAUGGCUACACGGUUCGGCCCAACCAAGAGAUGGUGGCCAUCGGACUCUGUAAUAUCAUCCCUUCAUUCUUCCACUCCUUCACGACUAGUGCAGCGUUAGCAAAAACCAUGGUGAAGGACUCAACCGGCUGCCAGACUCAGGUGUCGAGUCUGAUAAGUGCCCUGGUGGUCCUGCUGGUUCUGCUCUUCUUUGCUCCUUUCUUCCACGCUCUGCAGAAAUGUGUCCUCGCUUGCAUCAUCAUUGUCAGUCUUAGAGGGGCUCUCAGAAAGUUUAAGGACGUUCCCGCUAAAUGGCGUGCCAGCAAAAACGAUGCCAUCGUCUGGUUGGUAACCAUGUUUGCCACAGCUCUGAUCAGUGUGGAGUUAGGUUUGCUGGUUGGCAUCAUCUUCUCCAUGAUUUGCAUCAUCUUUAAGACCCAAAACCCAAAGGUUUCUCUCAUGGGCCGAGUCAGUGACACAGAUCUUUAUGAGGACUUGGAAGAGUACACCGACUUAACACCACCACCUCAAGUUCACAUCUUUCGCUUUCAAGCACCUCUCUACUACGCCAACAAAGAGUCUUUCCUCAAGUCCCUCUACAAGGCUGUUGGUGUGGAACCUUUCUUGGAGCUGACCAAAAGGAGGAAGGCGGAGAAGGCCAAAGGGAAGACCUCAAAGCAGGCUAAGGCGAAUGCAAACAAAAAGAACGGUGAUGUGUUUAUAGGGCCAAUCCACAAAGAGCUGGACUUCCACACCAUCAUUUUAGAUUGCUCUGCCAUUCCUUUCAUUGAUUCAUCUGGCACGGCUACCCUCAAAGUACUGGUCAAGGAAUACAAAGACAUCGGUGUGAGCGUGCUCCUGGCCUGUUGUAAUGCCCCACUCAUUGACGCUUUGAAGAAAGCACAGGUGUUUGGGAAGAAUGACAGAGAGAUGAGCAGUCUUCUUUUUUAUACAGUCCAUGCUGCAGUCCUCCAUGCAGAUCAGGAACACACAGCAGCAGCAGAAGGGAAGUCUGAGGACUCGCUGUUCUAGGUUGGUUAGUUACUUCCGCUCCCUUUUCCUGAGAAAUUUCCUGUCUUUCUUUCCGCUACAGUUAAAGGAAAUAAAAGGGGAGACAAAUCUAACACACCUUCAGCUUUGUGGCUCAGCAAUUACCUGCAGCCUACAUACAGUACAGUCGUUGAACUUGGACACUGAAAAAUCACACAUCUAACACUUGUAGACUAUAGUUUGUUGCAUGCUGGCUGAACUGGAGCCAUGGCAAUCCAAAAGUUUUUGGUACAACUUGUAGAUCUUUAUUGACAUCUGUAGACGAUAACAGACACUGAUGCAGACACAUCUCUCUGGUGAAGUCCUUGCUACCCAUUUCUGGUUUGUGUCAAAUGCGUUGACUGUAUAAGAGAACUGGACUUAGUGACCCCCUCCCUCUGGGAUUCCAAUUAGGAAGUAACUGCUGGCUCCAAGAGCUAAAAUCCCACAGACUUUGAUUGAAAAAUAAACAACUAUUAGUUAUUAUAUUUUUCAGAAUAACAAUUCUUGCUCUGCUGCCACUUUUUAACAUGUUCCUGCUAAUACUGGUAUUUUUUCACUACAGAUUAAAUAAGAUUGCCAGAGUACGUAUAAACAUGUGUAUAUGCAUGUUUUGGGACCUGCAUUCAAAACUUUCACGUUCACGCGUCACUACAGGUGCUUUCACGUCCGUUUUUGGGCUCUAUGUAUAAACCAGGCGUUCAUUGAACGUACACUGAAACUUUCCAAUGUUUGAAUGUCAAACAUCCGAACUUUGACCAAGCAGGUACUGGUACUGACACAUGGAUGGCAUAAUUUUAAAAACAUGGAAGUGUAACCGUCUAAAAAUUUAUUAUGAAGGAGAAAUUAACUUUUAUGGUUUGUGCCUUUGCUGGAAUUAUAUGUCACCACGUCUUUCAUAUCUCUUCCAACUGUAGGUGGUGGACUUGCGCUAGUAAUGGGUAGUGUCAAUCCAGGUGAUCACACUGGACUGACUCUACCCAAUACUUGGAGUGUGUUCAAGUAUUAGGUACUUAAAAAUUCAAGUUCACCACAUUCUUGAGCAGUCCUUAUGUGUAUGCAUCACUGGUAAUUUCUGGUUCAAACAUGACGACGUCCAUAAUGCGAAAAAAAAUUGUGACUGAAUUUAAUUUUAUUGAAAGUAAGCCAUUUUUAUGGGCGAUGUCACACUCACUCCAUCCAGUUCUCUUGUACAGCCAAUGGUCAGAUGUGGUCUGUUUGAGUUUUGUUAUAAUAAAAGCUGUUGAAAUUGGAUUCAAAAUCCAGUUUAGAUUAAUAAGUCCAGAGUUCCCACUUUGAGAUCAGUACAUAACUGUCACACAUACUGUUACCUUGGACCCCCAACUAUUUAUUAGCAGACUACUGUUGGUAAACUGGACACACCUUUAGGAUAAACCACACGUAUGUGGACAAACAAAGACAGUUUGCUCUUCAGGUACGGUAUAUGAUUGAGACAGCUAUAUCUUCAGGUCCAGGAUCAUUAUUGACAUACUUUUAGCCAGAGCAGCUGUCAGCAGCUGCGGGGAUUUAAAAAAAGGACAAACCGACGUCAGAGAUAUAUUUCCUUUCUGGUUCUAGAGGAAAAACAAAAAUUACUUGGUGCUAUUUUUUUUUCUUUUUUAAUUUUAAUUGAAUGAACUGACUGCGUCACCCAGUCACUUCUUUCACUGUCUCUGUAACUGGAAAAAUAAGCUUCAACUUUCAUGCAUCUUAUGACUUAUUUUUUUCAUUUUAUAGGCCGACAGCUUAGAGUGAAACAUAGAAUUUGCUUGAUUGUAAAUAUGAACAUAUUUGUAUUACUCGCAAAAAAAUGAGUGGCCUAACAUUUGUAUGCACUGAUUUGAUUUUAGGGGAGGGAUUUUUUUUAACAUAGUGUUGAUAUUCAACAUCCAUAGUCUUGUAAUAUUUUUAGUACUGGAGCAAUCCUUGGAGAUGUACAUGGACUAAAUGUGACCGUCAACAGAGCAAUUCACUCAUUGAAGUUCUUAAUAUAUCUAUUACUUACUCUGAUUUUAUGUAAUUAUCACAGCUCAUAGAAUCAAAUCUCCAAUAUGAAGAUAAUAAACCCCCAUUAAUUGGAUGUAAUAUUAAGAUAAUUUAUAUUUUUAUAACAAAAAUUAAGAUUAUGUAGAUUUUUAAUAGUCCCAUAUAUGAUGACAAUCCAAACAUUGAUUCACUUUAUGACCCAGAUUUGCUAUUUUUUUUUGUUUAAAUGAUGAUGUUAAACAGCCAAAAUGACUUUGUUUUUUUUCAUGAAUAGUGAUUCGCAUAAAACGUCUGUAUGAUGUUUUUUUUUCAUGAAA